ACUGAGAAAUGCUGCACAGGUGGUCAGACACAUGGUUUAUGUUACAGCCCUCCAAUCCACUCCAAUAAAAAGACUGAUUCAUUAUAUGCUGCUGUUGUUAGCCGACAUCAGUCACCUGCACAGCUUUACUUAGAGAUCGGUUCAAACAGUGUCCUCUGGUGGGGAUUUAAGUUGAUCCAACAGCCGAUUAAAUAUUUAUGCUGACAGAGAUAAAUAUGCUAAAGACUUAAAUAAUAUAAGCAUUUUAUAUACUAUCCUUAAACUGAAAAUGUGCAGGUUUGUGUCAACUUUUAACAUUACUACAGCAAAGACAAACUGAGGGGGUGUUAUGCUUUCCUCCAGAACUACUUGGUAUUGCUUGUCUAAUUUUAACCUGCCAGUUUAAGGACGCACACUCAAGGACUUGGAGCUACAUUAUCAAACCAAAGACACAAAACAACACGUCUGAGCUGAGUUACAAAAAGCAGGAAACGAUGAGUCAUCGUUCUCGAGCCUCCAGGCAGCAGCACCACGUCCACUGCGAUUCCUGUUACAGCCGGCGCUGCAGAGCUCGGGUGGAGGCCUCAGUGUGCUGUCCGCUCAGCCCCUGCCGUCUGCUCUGCGGCGCCCUCUACCACCUGUGCAAGGAGGAGGAUCACCUGCUACUCUGCCCCAACGUGAGGGUACCCUGCCUCAAUGCAGAGUACGGCUGUCCGGUCCAGCUGCCGCGCUCCUCCAGGGCGGCUCACCUCCAGAUGUGUCCGGCCAGCGUGGUGUGCUGCUCCAUGGAGUGGCUGCGCUGGCCGACUGAUGAAACACAACUGCACGGCUUCAAAGCCCUGCAGGACAAUGUGCUGAAGGAGUGUGCAGCUCAGGACGGAGCUCUGGAUGUUGCCAUGUCUUUGGUUGAUCAGUCAGAUCUGUAUGAACGCCUCAGAAUGAAGCCGCUCUAUCCAGAGUUGAUGGAGGAGGAUGAGGAGGAAAUAAAAGAAGAGGAGAGGCAGGAGGCAGCAGCAGGAUGGACGGUCAGCGAAGAGCAAUCUCAAGAUCCAAGUGAAGGACUCCCAUCAAAAAGUGCACUUGAGAAUAAAGAUGUAGAAGAAGUAGAACAGAAUAGUUCCAAAUCUGGUUUGGUCAUUAACAAAGAGACAUUCAACCUGAUGGAGAGGAUGUUCAGCAUGGACAAAGGUGGCUGCACUGUUGCUCAGGAAAAACUAGAGAACCAAACACAAGCUAAACCAUCUGGAGAGAAGGGAAGUAACCACCAUGGCAGAGAUCCAGAAGAACCUGAGAUGCUGGAAAAAGCAAACACAGCCGCCGAUGCUUCUGCUGCUGCCAGUGAGCAUGACACAAGCAGGACCGGGCUGGCCCCGUGGCAGGAGGGGGUUCUGGGCCGCCUCGGACAGGAACUCACCCCUCAAGAGUACAACAUGUACUUAGUGCAUCACGGCCGCAUGCUGCUCGCUUUUGGGCAAAUUGAGGCCUGCACUCCGAGGGAAAAAGACUUCGUCUACGGAAGCCUGGAGCCCAUUCCAGUACAGACGCUGCGCUCUUUCAAGGUUCCUGACAGCUACCACUACAGGCAGCGGGUUCAUAAGUACGACAAAGCUGCUCGGGCACAGACCGAACACUGCAGCGUCGACACCUCCGGCCUCGAAGUGAGCGAAGACACCUGGUUUACAGAUGAAGCUGCCACCACCCUGCUGGGCUAUGCUGAGCAGUCGGUUAUGGGUCACAAGAUCAGUGAGACUAAAGGAGCAGAUGGACUUUACGUCGAUGUAGGGACGCAGACGCACUCUUUCAGCUCUGCGCCUUUCAAAGGGAAGACGACCCUAGCCGAGGUGAUGGCGGGCCGACCGCUAAAACUUCAUCUGCAGCUGCAGGCGGAAAGCGUGAACAGCAGAAACAAUCGAGCAAGCUGUGCCUUUACAUUCAUCUGUGGUCACACCUUCCACCGCAAGGAGUAUUCCACGCACUUCAGGAACGCGCACAGUGACAUCCAGACAGGUUUAAGCGGAUGGUUCGAACAGAGAUGCCCCCUCUCCUAUUUGGGAUGUACAUACAGCCAGAGGAGAUUUCAGCCCUCCUCACAUGAAGCCACUGUCACCUACAAUCAGCAGCUGAAGUGUUUCAAUUUGUGCCCAACCAAUUUACCAGGAAGCCCUCCUGACCUCUCCACUGCUCAGGGCAAUGAGGGCGAACGCCUGAGAGGAGACUCUCUUAGCUCGCUACCUUUUGAGGUGCUGUGCCACAUGGCCACUUUUCUGGAUAGCCUGUCUCUGUGCCAGCUGGCUCUGGUGUCCCGACUCAUGAGGCAGGUCUGCUUCUCUCUGCUGCACGAGAGAGGGAUGGUCACCCUGCGAUGGAGGAGGAAGACCUGCACACAAGGAAGGUUCAAGUGGGAAGCCAAACCGGUGAGAUUUCGAGUCUGUACUUUCUAUUUUUACCUUUUUCAUUCUACUUGUGAUUCUGCUUCUCUUAAGGUGUGGGAAUUCAGUCAUCUUUUUUCCUCGGUUGACUCGUGGCGCCAGCUUGAUAUCCCUCCAAUGUCUGCUCAUCUGAAAGUCUGUCCUUAUUACCAGACAUCUACUCACAGUGAGCCCAUAGCUCUGCCCAGCAUGAGCGAACAGGAGAGGAGCAGCCGGAAAAGUAAAAGUCUUGUCAAUCACUUUAAGGAAAAACUAUGAUAUAGCAGUUAAAUUAACACAUUGUGUAGCUUCUUUCAUUAUAGUAGGUUGUAUUUUGCACAAAAAAGCAAAACACUACAAGUUUGUUUGGUUUAUACUUUUUUUAAUAAGUUACAUCAUCAUCUAUGUUGAGCUGUGUGUGUGGCUGAUUCAUUUUCAUCUUAGCAGUAUGUAAUUUUCACCUGCUACAAUAGUUUCUUGCUUUGCACAGACAAAACAAGUAUUUGAUAAAACAUAUACAUUUCACCUAAUAUGGAACAAUAAAGCACACAGGUACAAUGACCAAAUCUUCUUUUCUGAUUUGAUCCUGACUGAGACGAGUUUCUGAAUAUUCCCAAUAAUAAAGUCUUCCUACUGCAUCUGGACUCAGCUUUUCACUUGGACACUUAUUGCAGUUCACAUUGAGAAACAUUUGUCCUUGAUGACACUGAAAUACAUUUAUUUUUUUAAAGAAAUGUAUAGUUUAGACCACAGGUCUCAAACUCUAAUCCUUGUGGGCCAGUUUUCCAACUGAAGCUUUCCAAUUGGCUAAAUCCACCUGAUCCAGGUAAUCGGAUGAGGCAGGAUUUCUUAAAAGUCAGCGGGAUGUCGGCUCUUGGAGGCUUGAGUUUGAGACCCCUUUUUUAGACUAUAAUCAGAAAAAGCUGUAAUAAACGUGAAAUAUAGAGUAAAAAAAAAAAACGUUUCUCUAAUAGAAAAACCAAACUGAAUAUCUAUGUAAUCUGAUAAGUCUUGAAGAAUAAAAACUAUCCACCUGUGA